AUGACACACCGGUCCUGGUCACAGCGCAUCCAGGUAUCUGUCCAAGGGCCAAAUACUGUGAUCCAUCAGAAUGAACAACAGUAUGGACAUAUAGACAAGCUGAAGAAAUGGCGACAUCUCACCAGGUGGAUAUGGCACAGGAACCUAGAUCAUACUGAGAGGAAGGCGCCAAAGUUUACUGAGCUGAAUGAUUUGGCUGUAGAUACGGUUGGUGGUAAAAUAUGUUUUGCGACAGAUGACUAUUUUGCAGUAGCAGACAAUUUGUUAAAGCCUGUAGCUCCAGUAUUUAAGGAAGGCGUAUUUACAGUGUUUGGAAAGUGGAUGGAUGGCUGGGAGACGAGGAGGAAGAGGAUGGCUGGACAUGACUGGUGUAUUAUACAGCUAGGUGUUCCUGGCUGUAUAUAUGGGGUAGAUUUUGACACAUCCUACUUUACAGGGAACUACAGCCCUCGAGUUUCCAUACAAGGUGCUAAUCUGGAUCAAGGUCUCCCUGACAGACUUAGUGACAUGGGAACAGAAGCCACUGUACAAGAAAUUACAGACAUAACUAGACUGAAAUCAGAGGACUGGACAGAGAUUUUGACCAAAACACCUCUCCAACCAGGCUACCUGACAUCAUGCCAUAAUUACUUUGAAAUUUACAAUAGGUCACGAUGGACCCAUCUAAGAGUCAACAUGUUUCCAGAUGGUGGUAUAGCUAGGCUGCGAGUAUAUGGACGUGCCAAGAGGGACUGGAGUUCUGUUCCCCACAAUCAAUUGACAGAUUUAGUUGCCAUGGAGAAUGGUGGAUUGUGUAUUGGUUAUAGUGAUAGUCAUUUUGGUCAUGCACGAAAUUUGAUCCAGCCUGGUCGUGCAGAGACAAUGGCAGAUGGCUGGGAGACCAAACGACAUCCUGAGAGACCAGCGAUACUAACCGCUGAUGCCCAGGGUAUCCUGCAUGUUCCAGGUGAAGACUGGUGUGUUUUUCGACUGGGACAUCCAGGAACUGUUACAAAGAUUGAGAUUGAUACAAACCAUUUCAAAGGAAAUUUUCCAGAUUCUUGUCGCAUUGAAGGCUGUUGGGUAGGAGUUGACCAUGAGGAGGAACUCGUUAAGAGCUAUGAUACCCACACCUGGAGACCUCUCCUACCUGUCAAAAAACUGUCUGCCCAUAAACAGUUUAUCUACAAAUCGGAGGAAUUGUUUAGCUGUGGAGUUAUCUCCCAUGUUCGUCUUUCCAUCGCACCAGAUGGCGGUAUAAGUAGAAUGCGUCUGUGGGGGUACACUACGAUAAUUCCUAAUUCCAAGUUGUAGCUAUGAUAUAGUAACACAAGCUGUGAUUUAUAGCUGUCAUGUUACAAACCUUGUUGAAUUUUAUUUUACCAUACUUUAUAUAAUUUGUCUUGAAACUUUGAUGAAAGAGUUUGAAAUUAUGUAUGUCCAUCUUUGACAGGUUGUAUGAUACACUACAGGCUCUUUAAUCAGAUUAGUGUUCAUGAAACCUGACAUAGAUCUAAUGAACUACCAGGGGUAUACUAUCUUUGACUUACAUAAGUUAAAGGUCAAGGUCUCAUUUGAAAUUUAUAUAAUUUACUUGCCAUUACUAAACAGGCCAGUAUUCAGAAUUUGAGGAAACAUGGUCGGAUUCAAACAAUGCACAUGCACAUUUGAGUUGGAGAAAUGAUUUAUUUACAAUAUUUGAAUUUCAACACACAUUUCAUUCAAAUUAUACAAGUGUAUCUUUUCACUUGUAGCAGAACUUAAUUAUUAUAUCACCUGUCAAAAAUGGUCGACAGAACUGUAAAAUUGAUGGCCAUAUAAUGGCCUUUAACUUGUGGUUAUCACAAACAGUAGAUGUUCAGUUUUAAAACAUUGAAGAGAAAAUGUAUUUCAAAUUAAUUAAAAGAGGGGUGAAAUGCAAAACAUAAAUCAGUUGUAGUUGACAAUCAAUGUUAAAAACACUUUAACCCUUAAACAGAUCAGACAUUAUAAGUAUGGUAUAUCUUAUAUACUUAACCCUUAAACAGAUCAGACAUAAGUAUGGUAUAUCUUAUAUACUUAUCUCAAAUGUCUUAAGUAAACUUGCAAUGUUAAAUUUGUCAUCUAUUUUUAAUUGCUCAUUCUAAGCUUGCAUAUAAUGAUAUACAUAUCAGUUUUAUUUGAAGAUUACCAAUCAAUUUUAUAGUAUUUUAAAUCUAGCUAUAUCUAUGCAUAAAUACAAGAAAGCCUACUUAACUUUUAAUAGCAAGUAGGAUAUAAAUACACACAUAUAUAUAUACUUAUAUGUAUUAUUAUUGUGUAUAUUAAACAAACAACCCGUUUCAAAUUGCAACACACCACAUGUACGGGUAUACUUAAUUUUGCUUGUUAAAAAAGCUCCAUUAUAUAAUUAGAUAAUAAACUUAUAUAUACAUGUAGAUAAUGGGUGUUAUUUAUACGCAGGUUUGACUGUGGUGUUUUACAGAGGCAUUGAUAUCUAAAAGUUCAGUAUAUAAACAUUGUAUUACAUUUAUAUUAUAUUAUUACAAAUUGCCAAAAGGAUCAUAUUUAUAAAAAAUUAGGUUAAUAAGUAGUGUUCAGAUACUUAUAUUUGUGUCAUACCCAAGGACAAUACAUGGCUGGCAACCUAAUCCAAUCAGUGAAUACAUUGUAAUUAUAUUACAUGUACAUGUACAUGAAAUUAAAAUCCUAGAACAAAUCCCUAAAGUAAUACACCAGACUCGCACCCUGGGAAAAAAUCAGUGAAAUAAUACACCGGACUCACACCCUAGGACAAAUCAGUGAAAUGAUACACCGGACUCACACCCUAGGACAGAUCAGUGAAAUAAUACACCAGACUCACACCCUAGGACAGAUCAGUGAAAUAAUACACCGGACUCACACCCUAGGACAGAUCAGUGAAAUAAUACACCGUACUCACACCCUAGGACAUAUUAGUAAAAUAAUACACCAGACUCACACCCUAGGACAUAUCAGUGAAAUAAUACACCGGACUCACACCCUAGGACACAUCAGUGAAAUAAUACACCAGACUCACACCCUAGGACAGAUCAGUGAAAUAAUACACCGGACUCACACCCUAGGACAGAUCAGUGAAAUAAAACACCGGACUCGCACCCUAGGACAGAUCAGUGAAAUAAUACACCGGACUCACACCCUAGGACAAAUCAGUGAAAUAAUACACCAGACUCCCACCCUGGGACACAUCAGUGAAAUAAUACACCGGACUCCCAUCCUAGGACAUAUCAGUGAAAUAAUACACCGGACUCAAACCCUAGGACAAAUCAGUGAAAUAAUACACCGGACUCAAACCCUAGGACAGAUCAGUUAAAUAAUACACCGGACUCCCAUCCUAGGACAUAUCAGUGAAAUGAUACACCGGACUCAAACCCUAGGACAAAUCAGUGAAAUAAUACACUGGACUCAAACCCUAGGACAGUUCAGUGAAAUAAUACACUGGACUCCCACCCUAGGACAUAUCAGUGAAACAAUACACUAGAUUCACACCCUAGGACAAAUCAGUGAAAUAAUACACUGGACUCACACCCUAGGACAGAUCAGUGAAAUAAUACACCAGACUCGCACCCUAGGACAGAUCAGUGAAAUAAUACACCAGACUCCCUCCCUAGGACAGAUCAGUUAAAUAAUACACCAGACUCGCACCCUAGGACAGAUUAGUGAAAUAAUACACCGGACUCCCUCCCUAGGACAGAUCAGUUAAAUAAUACACCGGACUCACACCCUAGGACAGAUCAGUUAAAUAAUACACCAGACUCACACCCUAGGACAGAAUAGUGAAAUAAUACACCAGACGCCCUCCCUAGGACAAAUCAGUGAAAUAAUACAAAGGACUCGCACCCUAGGAAAGAUCAGUGAAAUAAUACACCAGACUCCCAUCCUAGGACAGAUCAGUGAAAUAAUACACCAGACUCACACCCUAGGACAAAUCAGUGAAAUAAUACACCGGACUCGUACCCUAUGACAGAUCAGUGAAAUAAUACACCGGACUCACACCCUAGGACAGAUCAGUGAAAUAAUACACCGGACUCGCACCCUAGGACAGAUCAGUGAAAUAAUACACCGGACUCGCACCCUAGGACAGAUCAGUGAAAUAAUACACCGGACUCACACCCUAGGACAGAUCAGUGAAAUAAUACACCAGACUCACACCCUAGGUCAGAUCAUAUAGCAGGUACACAUCCUAGGACAAAUAACUGAAUAAAAGGAACAAUAGGUUGACAAGCGAAGCAUUUGACAAUAUCUGGAUGUAAGAUAUAGAGGAUAGAGAUAUCGUUAAAUACAAACGUAUCAUAUUGAAGAGUUUAUUGUUUUCGAGAUAAUAGCCGGUUUAGUCGAUGUAUAUUUUAGAGAUCACCACUUUAGCACUGACAGUAAUUAUCUAUUUACUUUUUAUUCCGAAAUUGCUCAUUAAUUAUUCACGACUCCACAGCAGCUGUAACCUGUAUUUUCCACAGGUAAUUAAUUUCCUGUGGAAACAAAUAGCUAAGUCAUGAAUAUUCAGGAGGACAUAAUGAGGGAUGAUACCUUAAUAAAAUAGAACAUCUGAUAUGGCAUUAAUAAGAUAUAACCGAUUUAGAAGUAUUAUAAUCAUCUAGAUUUUUAUGAGUUUGCCUAGUGAUGGGUGUCUAGAAUUUUUAAUAGUUUACAUGUUCCAAUUAUGUGUAAGUUAAAGGAAUUGGAACAUAGAACAAAUACAUUUUAAUAAUGAUUGUGAACAUACAUUUCAUAAAAAAAAAUUCUCGUUACCCUUGAGACGUAGUUUUCCUUGUAGAACAUAAUUAUAAUGACGCUCUUAAUUAAUACGAUACCUUUUUUAUUCUAUAUAGAUAUGAUCUGUUGUUUACCGUUUUCUACGUCUCACUAUUUACAAAACUUAUCAACUUUGUGCCUUUUCGGUUUCGUACAAUGUUGAUAUAAUUUAUGUUUUAUAUUGAGACGUAAUUACGUGAUGGGAGUGAAAUGUUUUGUUGUUAUAUGAACUCCGACAUAUGUAUUGAGUAAUGAUGCAUGUAUAAUGAUACUCUUAUGAUAUUGUCGUUAACACUGUCUUCUCUAUUGGAUUACGUCACUCAGUAAUCGUAUCAGCCUUAUAUUUCCUAGCGGAACCUGUGAUGAAAUAAUUACUGGUACUAUACAUGUAUAUGAUAUUAGAGUCAUGAAGAUUGCUUUAUUUGUUUUAAAAUCAUGAUUAACACUCAUAAUUAACACUCACAAUUAACCUUAACUAAUACGUUCUUACUGUGACCUUAUACAGCUCAUAAUUAUUAGAAACUACAUUUGUAAUGUUUUAACCAGUAGAACACUUUGUCAUGUAUUAAAGAUAAAACGUGUAUCGAAUCGGUUUUAGGGCAUAUGAACCAAAUGAAUGCAUUUGUUUUCCUGUUAAAUAUGUUUAUACAGCAAAAAAAAAACCUGGUUGUGCAGUUCCAUCUAACAACACAAACACAUUGAUGAUAGUACUCUUCUAUAUUGUUAGGACUUGUUUAUCAGAAAACUAGCAUUCAAAUACCAACAAAGCUCAAACCAAGUAUUGGAAAGGUACAGAUAACUUUGAUAUGGUAAGAGCUACAGGCCAGCCGACAUGUAUAUCGGGUAAAGUGUUCUCAUGUAUAUUCUGUAUCUAUUGUAUAACUUUACACGUUACUUGCUAUGCAAAUGAUGACCAUUUUAAAUACUGCAUCGCCAGCAGUGUACACACUGCUUCUCACAAAAAUAAUAACGUUCUAAUAAUACUCGUUUUUAAUACCCAAAGUUAUAAAGAGUACAGAAGCGGAAUACGAUCUGAUUUCUUCGGAUAAAAUUAAUUAUUUAUUCACCAUGAAUGCAAAAGAUACUCAACCUUUUGAAGGUGGAAAAAACGUGAAAUAUGUUAAGUAUGAAAAUAUACAGCAUCCCUAUUCUUAUUUCAGUCGGUUAUUCUUAGCUUUUAGUCGGCGAUUUACCAUCUUGAAUACGAAAGGCGUAGUCUGACGCCAUAGUUACAUGUACUACAUGUUAAUGACGUCAUCUAAAUGUGGUUUUAGUUUUUCUUGGAUUAUUGCUCAAUUUACCUCCCGAAAAUCAUUUAUUGUUCAUCUCGACUUCGUGUAUUGCUAACACAGUUUAUCUGGCGUGUGAUUGCUAGGCAGAUUUUCCACCAUUUAAUCAGGGUACCGACCAUAUCAGCUUGAGUGGUCAACCUGUUACACGUCAUUGUGUAUGGCCUGAAACAUUACAUAAAUUGUGUAAGUUAUUUGUAUAGUACAUUAUAUUGACGUUUAAUAUAUAUAUAUAGCAUAUUAUAUAAGUAGAUAAAGAUAGCAUUUCUUUAAUAUAUUGUUUCGUUUUCAUUCCUUUGAUUUUGUAGUUUAUAUUGUAUGUCGAUUGUGAUUAUAGCCUACUUAUGUUAUUUAGAGGAAUACAGACACAUUGUUUUUUUACAGCAGAGAAUAGCGACAUAAUAACGGAAAUAGCGACAUAAUAAUGGAAAUAGAGACAUAAUAACGAAAAUAUCGACAUAAUAACGAAAAUAGCGACAUAAUAACGGAAAUAUCGACAUAAUAGCGGAAAUAGCGACAUAAUAAUGGAAAUAGCGACAUAAUAACGGAAAUAGCGACAUAAUAAUGGAAAUAGCGACAUAAUAAUGGAAAUAGCGACAUAAUAACGGAAAUAGCGACAUAAUAAUGGAAAUAGCGACAUAAUAACAGAAAUAGCGACAUAAUAAUGGAAAUAGCAACAUAAUAAUGGAAAUAGCGACAUAAUAAAGGAAAUAGCGACAUAAUAACGGAAAUAGCGACAUAAUAAUGGAAAUAGCGACAUAAUAACGGAAAUAGCGACAUAAUAAUGGAAAUAGCAACAUAAUAAUGGAAAUAGCGACAUAAUAAUGGAAAUAGCGACAUAAUAAUGGAAAUAGCGACAUAAUAACGGAAAUAGCGACAUAAUAAUGGAAAUAGCGACAUAAUAACGAAACUAUAAUUGUAACUCAAGUUCGAUAAAACUAUGGUAAACUACGAACAAAGAUUAAAUUGACAAUGAAGGUCAUAGAUAAAAUACAGGGAGAAUAAGAUUAAGGGUCUUCUGUUUCAUAUAUACCACAUAUAUAUAUAUAAUCGCACGACAUAUAUAUAUAAUCUUAAUGUAUGUGUGGUGUCGUGUAAUGCUUUACCUUGCACGUUCACGUAGAGAUAUUAUAAAACGGAAGUAUGAUAUGUCAGACAAUUAUUCUUAUCCUCUGUUGAAUAUGUAUUUGAUCCUUCUACAGCGGUAUUGAAUUCCAUAACAAUUAUCCGAGACUGGUUUAUUACAGAGUAUGAUUUUAUAUACAUGUAAAACUUUGUAUUGUCUUGUUUUCUGUUGUUUUCCAGUUACCUCCACUACCAGUCAAACUAGUGUUUUGACGUUAAUCAGAUAUAUGUAUUGGCAUGUGUGUUGUUGUUAUGGAAUAAAACAAACCCACUUUAUCGUUCUAUUAAACAUUCAAUUAGAAGUUGAUCUCAAACCUUCAAAAUUCCUGACUAUAUAUUAUAAUCUUUAUACAUUUUACAAUUCAUUGUUUUUUUUUCUGUUAGAAGAUUUUAUUUUAUUAACCCAGCUUUCUGAACAAAUUAUUUCAUCUACAUGUAUGGCAACCAUAGCGACACAUCCUCGAGAGAUAAGUUCAAAAUUAUAACAUGAUAAAGCCAGAUAGUGGAUAUUGUAUCGGCUUUUGUGAAAAUAAAAUCGAAAUUUGGCCAUUUUUGAUUAAAGUUGAAUAGUACUUAUAUUUUGUUAUAAAAAUUAUUUAUCAAUUAAACACGCUUCAGAUAAUAGAAAAUAUAAGUUUACCUUCUUUUUACAUUUUAUUAUGCAUAAUCUUAACAAUCCCGCAUUGUAUAACCUAUAUAUGCCUAGAAAUACUAUAAUUUUUUUUGUAUAUACAAUGCAUGGUAUUACUAGGGCGUUGUGCUUUAUAAAUUUUGAAAAGUUCUUAUCAGUAUUUAACUUGACUUUAAUUUGUACUAGACAUUAUAUUUUACAUUGCCUAAUUAUCAAUGUAAUUAGUUAAGUUGAUGCUCUCACUCAUGCCUGCCUGGUUACAGUUAAGUUGUAUCAUGUUUCAUCCUACAUGGGUAGAUGAAGACUAUCAUGGUUUUUUUUCUGUCUAUAUAACAUAUGCUAUAUUUGGCCAAAGGAAGGGAAGAACACGACUUUAUAACUAUUUACAGAUGUUAUUCCAGUGAGUAUAUCCAUUUUCUUUGAUCUGAUUUUUUUCCCUUUAUGGUGUAGGUAUUUUUACACUUAUACAUGAUAUAUAGUGUAUAACGAAAAUAAAUUGAGAUGCUGAUCAAUAAAUGUGUCGAGUAAUU